GAAACGGUUAACGCCCGUGACCUCCAGUGACCGUGCGCGCAGUGCCCAGUCCCGGGGGGGGCGGCUGCCGGCGGCCGCCAUUUUGUCGGAGACCUUAUUUACAGACAGCAGCCGGUGACGUAUCCGAGACGUAUCCGCCCGUCACUUCAGUUCCUUCCCGGAGGCCCAGGAGCUGUGCAGAGCAGAUCCCGGAGCCGGGGACCGACUAUCCGGCAACAGCUAUGGCGACUGAUAAGGGGCUGAAGUCUACGGUGUGGCUGAAGAUCAAAACAGAAGUCCUGGAUGACUGUAGAAGGGAAAAUGAAUGGAAGAUUCUGCUCCUCGACCCGUUUACUACCAAGCUGCUUACAUCAUGCUGCAAAAUGACCGAUCUCCUCCAGGAGGGCGUCACAGUUGUUGAAGACCUCUAUAAGCAAAGACAACCGGUUGGAGAUUUAAAAGCGAUCUACUUCAUAUCACCAAAUGAAAAGUCUGUAGAUUGCAUUGUGAACGACUUCAAUUCUCCAUCCUCUUGCAAGUAUAAAGCUGCCUACAUCUACUUCAGUGAUACGUGUCCAGACAACCUUUUUGGCAAGCUUAAGUCGUGUCAGCCCAAAACAAUAAAGAGAUGCAAGGAGAUCAAUGUUUCCUUUUUCCCUAAAGAGUCUCAGGUGUUUCUCUUGAAUGUCCCUGAUGCUUUUCACAUGCUGUAUAGUCCAGAUAAGGUUGUGGAUAAAGAAUCUGCAAUGCAAUCCAUUGCUCAACAGAUAGUAACACUAUGCGCAACUCUGGACGAGAACCCUGGAGUCCGCUAUAAGAGAGAACCUCUGGAUAAUGCUGAAGAAUUGGCCAACUUGGUGGAAGAAAAACUCGUCCAGUAUUAUAAGUUAGAUGAGCGAAAUCAGUGUAAGGAGAAGUCUCAAUCCCAGUUACUUAUACUUGACCGGGGAUUUGAUCCUGUGUCUCCAGUGCUCCAUGAGCUGACCUUCCAAGCCAUGAUAUAUGACGUCUUACCUAUUGAGGAGGAUGUUUACAAGUAUAAAUCAGACAGCGAAACUUCGAAAGAGAAUGAAGGUCGAUUAGAUGAGUCUGAUGAAUUGUGGGUGAAAGUCCGGCACAGACACAUCGCUGAUGUCUUAGAAGAAAUCCCUAAACUUGUUAAAGAACUCUCUUCCAGCAAAAAAGAAGCAGAAGGAAAGCUAAGUAUCAACAGUUUAUCCAACUUUAUGAAAAAAAUGCCUCACGUACGAAAACAAAUGAGCAAGCAAACUUUACACGUCAGUCUCGCUGAGGAUUGUAUGAAGAAGUUCCAAGGAAACCUGGAGAAGCUCUGCAAAGUUGAGCAAGAUCUCGCAGUCGGCACCGAUGUAGAGGGGCAGAAGGUGAAGGAACACAUGCGCGUCCUGCUGCCAGUAUUACUCAAUAAAGACUUGGAUAAAUAUGAUAAAAUCAGGGCCAUUCUUCUGUACAUCUUUGUGGAAAAUGGAACAACUCAGGAGAACUUAGACCGACUUAUCCAGCAUGCUAAGAUUGAGGGGGACGGCGAUGUGCUGAAAAAUUGGAAAUACGUUGGAGUUCCUAUAGUUCCCAAGUCUUCACAGCGUAAACCUCCCAGAAGGGACCGAUCAAGAGAAGAAACCUUUCAGCUGUCUAGAUGGACGCCUGUCAUAAAAGAUGUCAUUGAGGACAAUAUAGAAAAUAAGCUGGAUUCCCGGGAGUGGCCGUACUGUUCGGAGUGUCCUGCUGCAUGGAAUGGCUCCGGGGCUGUAAGUGCUCGACAAAAGCACAACACAAUAAACCGGGAGGACAAGAAAACCGUAUCCAAGCUGAUUAUCUUUGUACUCGGCGGGAUCACGUACUCCGAAAUACGUUGUGCAUAUGAAGUGUCACAAGCCAAUAAGUUUGUCCAGGUUAUAAUUGGUUCCACUCAUAUUAUAACCCCCAAGAAAAUGCUGGACGAUGUGAAGAACCUCACGAAACCUCACGUCCCUAAAGAAACGUUCACCAUAAUGGAAUAAAACACUAUAACUUGUUCGCUGUUUCCAGACCUUUUCUGACACGGUAACCUGUCUGCACACUUGAGUUCUACAGGUGUCAGGCUUUCCUGCAGCUACUUGGCAUUAUGCUUCAACAAUUCUAUCUACAAACUGGAAAUUUGGGCAGAAAAGUAAAAAUUGCCCCAGGAACAUGCAUGUUCCCCGCACCAUGAAAUGACCACUGAUGUUCUCCCCACAGCACUGUAGUGGAUAUCAUUGUACAGCUCAAGAUAGGUUUUAUUGCUUUGUGAUUGGCCUAUAAUAUAUUGUGUAUGUAUGUGUAUAUCUUUUCUUAAAAUUCGGGAUAUACUGUAUAAUUGUGUUUUCCAUGAUUGAUUGUGAGAUUGGGUUCACUGUAACACGAUAGAAAAUUUAUUUAUACAUCCAUCUUGUGGCGUCAAUCAUGGCUGUCGCUUCUGGUGUUCAGGCCGGGCCUUGUAGCCAUAAUACGGAUGCAAAAAUGCAUCUGAAUUAUGCUAAUCUGUACUCGGCCCUAAAGGGGUACUCCGGUGAAAAACUGUUUUUUCCAUAUCAACUGGCCCCAGAAAGUUAAACAGAUUUGUAAAUUAC